CUUGAGCAUAAGACAUUCCACCACCAAGGAACGGGCAUCAAAACAUCGCUUUGGCCAUGGCGGGCGUGCGUGGAAAAGUGCCAUGCCCUCCGCAUGUAAGCCUCCUGCAGCUCGCAGGACGCAAUUGAUAGUCAGACAGAAAACUGUGCCGUCCCGUCAAGCUGGGGUAUCUUCCCGAACCUGUACCAGCGACCCGGCGAAUGGCUGAUGUGUGACCAUCAAAGCUCCGAGCAAACGGUUCAUCCACAUUGCUGGAUCCAAUCGCGGCCCCAUGGCAGGAAUUCUUGGGAAUAUUUGGAUGCCCUCAUUCGAUGCAGGGCCUGUAGCCCCUGUACCAUGUCAAUCUUUGCUGCUGAUUUGCGCAAGAAGCGGGCCCCGUAUCCAAUUUACAGUCUAGUCUGAUCCCAUUAAAAGCCAGGAUCGACCCGAGGAAGAGGUCGUCGGGAUUCCGAGCGCUGGGAAACCCAUCCUCGUCUCUGAGAAACCUGAGUAACCUCAAGAAAACCGUUGCCUUGGGGGCGAGACACGACUGCAAUCACGAGCACGACGACAACUUCCCGCUGCUGGCUCAGUAUCACGACAUGGCAGACGCCGAUGAGCAGAUCGAGGUGCGCGCGAAUGUGGCCUCGUCGUCACGGUCUUCUGAAUAUGAAAUGGGAGAUACUUUCUCGGUAGAUUCCAGUAUCACACAGUAUCGCAUCGAGAACGGACGACGCUACCAUGCCUACAAAGACGGCUUGUACUGGGCGCCAAACGACGAAAGACAGAAUGAAAAUCUUGAUAUUAGCCAUCACAAGUACCUGCUAUGUCUCGACCACAAGUUAGUUCUUGCACCUAUUGAAGAUGAUAUCGAGAGGGCUUUGGACAUUGGAACUGGGACCGGCAUUUGGGCAAUAGAUUUUGCGGAUGAGCACCCCAAUACCGAUGUUAUAGGAACUGAUUUGUCACCUAUUCAACCAUCCUUAGUCCCACCAAACUGCAGGUUCGAAAUCGAUGAUGCCAGCGACGAAUGGACUUACCCGACGAAUUACUUCGACUUCAUUCAUAUCAGAGCAUUAUUUGGAUCUAUUGAGGAUUGGGAUGCUUUAUACGGGCAAGUAUUCAGGCAUCUCAAACCCGGUGGCUGGAUAGAGCAUGUGGAAGGAUCAAUCGAGAUCAAAUCUGACGACGGCACAUUGGCCGACAACAGUCCUUUAAAAACAUUCACAAGUCUUUUUGCGGAAGCAGGAGCAUCAACAGGCCAGAUUUUCAACGUAACAGAUAUCAUGAAGCAGAAGAUUACUGAAGCAGGCUUCGUGAACGUCGUCGAACAAGUUUAUAAGACACCACUAGGAGGUUGGCCUGCCGAUGCUAAAUUGCGAGAACUGGGCCAGUGGGCUCUCUUGACUUUUGAUACCGGGCUCGAGGGCUACGCACUAGCCACUCUGACCAGAGUUUUGAGCUGGACACCGACUCAAGUUCAUGUUUUCUUGGCACAAUUACGACUGGCAGCCCGUGACCGAGGCACACAUUCAUACUACGAGAUCAAAGUUGUUUACGCCCAGAAACCGCUUCAAUAGUAUUAAUGUAAUGAUUUAACGAUUCGCAUUCAUUCCUCCAAGCUCUUUCAUUUGCUAUUCGCCUCACCUCGAGUAAUGGCAGAUUGAAGGAUAUUUCUUUCCUCAAACCAUCUUCAUUUAUUGAUCGUCUUAUCUUGGGUCAAUUCAGUUAUUUCUCGAUAUCACAACCCCAAUUUUAGACCCAAAAGUUACAUCGGGCAAUACCUGCACACCAAAUAUCCCGGCUUCGAGGCCGGUUUCCAAGCCUGAGAUGCCAGCUGUAUCGGUCUCCCUUCCCCGCAAGCCUGUUCUGAGCCCACUCUACAAUUGCAAUUCUGCUACUUUCAUUCCUCAGCCUCCGGAUUACAGCCUCAUUUUGGGGUUGAAUCCCAUUGUGGACCUAAUCUGUCGCAGGUUUGUUUGCUGGGUCAGCCUUACCAAUUUCUCUCCUCGCUUAGUCUCGCAACCGUGCUCGCCCUGAUGUCUGAUGUUUGCUGCUGAUUAUUUCUUGACAUUGUGCGGAGGCAUUGAUAUUUCAGACAGGCAUGGCGUGGCUUAGCAAUAAUAACCUUCUUUGCCAACCUCAUGGCGAUUCUUCAGACGACGGAGCCAUUGGUGAAGCGCACGAGGACUCGUCACCACUUGCUGUUCCCUGUAUGUCGAGGAAAUCGAACCGCGUGGAUUUAAGAUUCAGGAACUUGCAAUGUGCAAUGCUCCUCAGAUCGCAGCCAUCAGACUUCAAAUGCGG